CAAGAUGGGGCCGACACGAGCAACCUAAAUCACCGUCAAGUAUUCCCAAGCAGAUUCCCCACAGGGAAGCGCCGCAGACCCCGGCUGCAGAGAUCUGCUCGGUCUUGGCGUUUCUAAUGCGAAAGACGUGGUGCCCCUGGCAGUUAGCAACGGGAACUGGUCGAAUCAAAGGAUGACGGUUGGCGUUGAGCCCAUGACAGAAGCUUGAUCCAAGAAGCCCUGCCUUCUCGGGACCCGCGCCAUGUGUGCCCAUGUGUGUACCCUCCCCCGACGACAGGCGGCCGCCGCUCGCUGGCCUCGACACAAGCCCUGCCUUCAUUUCUACCCCCUCCCUCCGGACUCGGCCCCGGACUACUUAUUGCGCGUCCCCCGACCCCUUGAAUCGCCUGUCGCCGUCCCUCGUGCGCGCCGGGCCAGACAGCUUCGUAGGCAGACAGCUCGCAACCACCACCAGCCUUGACAUGCGGACCGAGGCGACAGGGGCAGCCGCGGAGGCCGAUGCCGAGCGUACGUUUGCGCGUGUGGGCCUAACUUUGGCAGGGACGGCAGGCUUGCGAGACGCCCAGGACCUGCGCUGGUGAGGCAUGGACGCUUCGCCCAGAACCCGGGCCACCUGGGCCAGUACAUGCGACCAGACCGACCAGCGACACCAGAUCCUGACGCAAAACGCGCUGCACAAAUGCUCUCGGCUCGCUGCCACACCCACCCCUUGGGACACUGGCCACGACGCACCUUACGAUGUGACCAACGUCCGACUAAGGGACAUAAGACACUGUCUGGCUGGCGCGAUGCUUGAUUUCUUUUUCCUUUCUGUUUGUUGUGCACUUUUCUCGUCUCUUUUUAGGAUUUGCCUCUGCUCACCACAAGACAACUUCUUUCGCAUGGUUCUGCCCCUGAUUUCCGCAUGAUGGACUCGCCUUUCUUCGCUCUCGCAUUUAGGGAUUUCAGGACAGAAGCGGGACUUCCCGGUGGCAGGAUGCUGUGCGGCGGGCAGAGAUGGGAGACGGCCGUAGUGCUGAGCUCCAUGUGCUUCUGCGCGGUGCCAGGUUGGCCAGCGUCAUGUACUGCCUCUCGAUAGUUGGGUGCUCUGAGGCGGGAGUGCAAGAAAUGGUGUUGGGGGGACAGCGUGGCACGACGUCAAUGACUUUUGGUGGCUGUGGGUGGUGCGUUGGGAUGGGCAGGGCAGAUUGGAGAUGAUGUUUCCAUGUUUCGAUGGUGUUUGUCAAACCACGCAGGUGUACGCGCGAUAGAGACGCAUGCAGAGGUCGACAGACAAGAGGAUGAACCUACGUUCUAUUGUCAAGGAUCCUUGAGGGGAUUCUCAGUUGCGGGUCAGGGCGGGUAGUUGGAAGUCGCUAUCGUCAUAAAAUACGAAUAAAAUCAAAGGUGGCGGGCGCAAAAACGGCGGUUCGGGUCGAGCAGGCUCAAAUAACAACGCCCAGCUCUCUCUCAGCUCCUG